ACCGUAACAUGUAAACCAGUCGAAUAAUUUACGCUGUUGCCAGGCAUUCCAAACUUCCGGCCGGUGCGCGGAUUAAAAUUAAGCAUGUUUUAAUCUGUUUCGAUACCAACACAAAUCAGACGUUUUUUUCAAAAGUGACAACAUGGAAUUGCGAGAAAGGAAACAGAACGACGAAUCCUUAAAAGAAAAGAUUAAAUGGCAGUGGCAGAAUCGUGACUUUUCACCGAAAAAGGAGCAAACAAGCCAAUUUGCUCUCUAUUAUUUCUUAACCAUGUUCGUUCUAUCGUUAAUUGAAAGCCUGUUUGUUCUUAUACCCACCGCGUAUCAGAGACAUCAUCGCUGGAUAAUGACCGGCUCCUUUGUCUGGGUGAUGUUCAUCACGUUGGUCAACUGGCACCGCAGCUACUUCGACACUGCAAACUACGUGAAAGCUGAGACAAAGCAGAAAUACUUCGCUGACUGCACAGACACCCCACAAGACUGGGUCCAUUGCUUCAAGUGUCAGGUGGACAGACCUCCAAGGGCUUUCCAUUGCGACUAUUGUGGAAAGUGCAUGCUAAAGAGAGCUCAUCACUGUUUUGUAACCAGCUCUUGCAUCGGCUUCUACAACCAGAAAUACUUCAUCAUGUUUUCUUUGUGGUCUGUGAUAGCCAGCAGCUGGUUGGUAUAUCUUCAGCUGCUCUAUCUUAACAUCGUGUUACCAGUCAGCGAAGCAAGCUUCAUUGUUUAUCUCCCACCAGUCACUCUGUUUAAGCUCAUCAUGGGAAACAUCACUUUCGGACAGGCCUUUGUGGUCGCCCAUCUAUUCAUGAACAUCCCGAUGAUCAUCACUGGAGGAUUUUUCCUGUUCUGGCAUAGUUUGUUAUCUGUUGAAGGCGCAACUAAUUAUGAGGCAAAACAGCGGAAAUUUCCUUAUAAGGGUACAGUUAACCAAAAUUUGAAGUCAGUGUUUGGUUCCGUGUUUUACAUUCCUUUGUUAGUCCUAUAUCCAUUCAGAUUAGAACAAGAUGGUGAUGGUAUUCUAUGGAAAUCAAGGGCAAAGCGUGUUAAGGGCAAUUAGAACUCAAGAGUAAAGCAGUUUGGGUUAUGUGCAGUUAAUAAAGCAAUAUUCCAUAUUCAUUGUGAAGGCUAUCAAUCUCAAUUUUAUUAACUAAUAUGAAUACUUCAAGACAAUCAUGCAAUUUGAUACAUUUGCUUCACAAUUUAAAGUUCUGUAAGGGUUUAUGCUACUGGUAAUUUUGGAAUUCCAAAAACAGUUUUUUCUUAAUUAGCUAUGAACAGUCAUAGUUGUUAGCAGUUAGACUAAUGUGCCCAAAUUUUUAAUAUUAAGAGCAAGAACUUGUAAAAAGCCUAUCUGUUUCUUACUUUCACCAACUACAGAAUUUAGAUUUUUUAAUACAAGUUCUCAAGACAUUAUAAAAUAACAAGGCAAACCAUCACGUUUGUUUAUCUGAUUUACUCUUGUCAUUAAAUUAUGACGUCCAUGAUAGGAAACUAUACACAUAACACAUUCUAAGAAAGAGGCAAUAGUUUUUCAUGCUUAUGAGUCUCAUUACUUCCUCAGUAUAUCUACCAGUCUUUUGAUCUGCGUUUAGAAGUUUACCUUAUUUAGGUACACAUUCAUUGUAACUAACAUCUAUGCAAUAAUGUUAAAGCCACACACCUUGAAAUGACAUACAUGGCAAAGUAAAGUUAAGUAUAAAUAAGAAGCCUAUUUUAUCUAUGCCAAUUAGAAUAUAUCUGGUGGUUACAAGGUAUAAAUCUGCCUCUUUUGCGCUUUAAAACUUAAAAAAAAUCAAGUUUGUCGAAAAUGUACGUAUACGUCUAGAAAUCCUACUUUCGGUUUUAAAAGCGGUACCAUUUGGAAAAUAAUAAAUAACUUGCUAACUAGGCUAUAGAUUUAAUAUCAUCUAUCUCAAUUAGAAU